AACAGACGUCUACGAUAUUUAUAGAUUUUAUUACAUAGACAAAAUUUUACGACAUGUAAAUCUACAAGGAAAAGAGGGUUAAAGAACCGACAGUAAACAAACUUUUCCGAUCAGAAUAUAAUCUAAGAAUCCAAUCCAAAACCCGGAGGGCGGUUCGCGUUCUACAAAACCAAAAUUGACGUCAACUGCCAAGUGGCUUCACACUACACCACCAGACGUGGCAGUUUUCUCUGCUUUCUCACACUAACCACCGUCAUAUCAAUGGCUUCUUCGUUUCAACUAAGCAUUUUUUCAAACUAUUGGUGUGCAUCGUUUUCUCAUGCUUCCUUUUCCUUCACUCUACUACACUGAACUCCUUCAUUUCACACAUCGAUGAGGAUGAAUGCCUUCGUCGCUCUCUACCGUCACGCCGGCACCAUUUCCAUCCCCGCAAAAUUACGACAUGUAAGUGCAACUGAGAUUACUUUAGGAAAAUGUAUGCCACUGGAAUAUCUGAGGAGGUUGGAUUCCUGCCCCUGGCUGUUGCAUCGAUAUUCAUAUUCAACUGGUUUCACUAACGUGCAUGGCGAAACACCGUCUCCUGAUUAUGCAAGGAGGAGGAGGGAAUCACUGGAAAAUAAAUUUGGGCUUACUCUUGGGACUUAUAGCUCUAAAAGUUUCAAUGCUAUAUACCGGUUUGGUCCCUUUUUGGCUUUGUAUAGGGCUGCGGUUAUUUCAUUUCACGUCUUCAGGCUAACAAUGUGGCAGUUGUUCGUUGAAGACAUACAAAAACGAGCAGUUAAGUUUCGUGAAACUCUAAUACGCUUGGGUCCUUUCUACAUUAAGCUCGGACAGGCAUUGAGCACUAGACCUGACAUAUUACCAACAGUAUAUUGUCAAGAGCUUGCUAAAUUACAGGAUCAAAUACCUCCGUUUUCAACUGAUAUUGCAAUCAGAUGUAUCGAAACCCAAUUUGGUGCUCCUAUUCAUGAACUUUUUCGGGACAUUAGCUCAGCUCCUAUUGCAGCAGCAUCGUUAGGACAGGUUUAUAAAGCUCAUCUGCAUUCUGGAGAACUUGUAGCUGUAAAAGUUCAGAGGCCAGGCAUGUCACUUUCAUUGACCCUUGAUGCUUUGCUGUUCCAUAUGAUUGGGGGCCAAUUUAAACGGUUUGCAAAGGCUCGCAAAGAUCUUCUAGUAGCAGUUAAUGAAAUGGUCAGACACAUGUUUGAUGAAAUCGAUUAUGUCCUAGAGGGGAAAAAUGCCGAGCGAUUUGCUUCUCUCUACUGUUCGUCUUCAAGCGGAGGUAAUAUAAAAAACAAUAAAACAAAGUCAGUCAAAGCUCCCAAAAUAUAUUGGGACUAUACAUGCACCACUGUACUGACUAUGGAGUGGUUAGAUGGAAUUAAGCUUACAGAUGAAACAGGUUUGAGUGAAGCUUCUUUAAACAGAAGGGAACUCAUUGACCAGGGAUUAUACUGCUCUUUGAGGCAAAUGCUCGAGGACGGUUAUUUUCAUGCUGAUCCUCAUCCGGGAAACCUUGUUGCGACAAAUGAUGGAUCACUUGCAUAUUUUGACUUUGGAAUGAUGGGGGAUAUUCCUAGGCAUUAUCGUAUUGGACUUAUUCAAAUUAUUGUGCACUUUGUUAAUCGCGACUCUCUGAGCUUGGCAAAUGACUUCCUUUCUUUGGGAUUUAUUCCUGAAGGGGUUGAUAUACAUUUAGUUUCUAAUGCACUGCAAGCAUCCUUUUCUGAUAGGAGUCAGCGGACCAGUGAGUCUCAAGAUUUCCAGGGAGUCAUGAACCAACUAUAUGAUAUCAUGUAUGAGUUUAACUUCUCCCUCCCACCAGACUAUGCUCUUGUUAUAAGAGCAUUGGGAUCACUAGAAGGGACAGCUAAAGUUCUGGAUCCUGAUUUUAAGGUCAUUGAAAGUGCAUAUCCUUUUGUUAUUGGAAGACUUAUAGCAGAUCCUAGUCCUGAUAUGAGAAGAAUUUUGAGGGAACUUGUCAUUUGUAAUAAUGGAUCGAUAAGGUGGAACCGGUUAGAGCGCCUGGUUGCAGCAAUAUCUGAACAAGCUUCAGAGCUAACCGAAGACCCUAAUCCUGAAAAAUUCUCAAGCCCUUCUGUUUGGAAAUCAUUUGAUAUGCAUGCUGUCGUUGAUUCCACAGAAGAUCUUUUAUUAUUCAUACUAUCAGUGAAGGGUCAGAGAGUGCGUGUUUUCCUUCUUCGGGAUAUAGUAGAAGCAGCUGAUGUGUUUCUGCAAGAUGAAGUGAUUGAUUGUGCAUUAAAUGGGAAUCGUCAAGACCAGAGGAUAUUGCGCUUUGAGGAGCGUACUGGGAAAUCUUUUCAUUACAUUCGUGAGGUGGUGAAGUUGGCGCCAGGAGAGUGGACAACAAUGCUUCUUCGGAUGGCAGUGAAGCCUGAAGUUCACAUAUUUACUAUAGACAUUAUUUCAGCUUUAGCUUUGCGUUCUAGUCACAGAUUGCAAGUAGCCGCUUGGCUCUAUUUGUCGAUACUUUUACACAAAUUAUCAGAUUAAGAAAUACAACUGUUGACAUUCGUGAACUAGAAAUUAGCAAAUGUUUCCCUCAUCCUCUUAAUAUUCUUUGCAUGAA